GAGGAGGAGAGGGAGGAGGAGGACCGCUCGCCUCGCCCGCUGGGCGGAAGCAGUCGGUGGAGGAGCCGUGGAGAGAGUCCGGGAGGACACCGAGGGGCGCCCCCUGCGGUCAUCCCCUCCUCCCGACCAGCCGUCCCCGGAGAGGUGUCCCCCCCACCCUUCUCUCCCCGGUCCCCGGAGCUCGGGUGCACGCACGCACCCCCGGAGAUCCCCUUCUCCAGCCCCGGGUGGCUCGUGCCGCGCCUCGGCAUGGACCUGCGGCUACUCUCCCGGGACCUGUCCCUCUACCUGGAGCACCAGGUGCGGGUGGGUUUCUUCGGCUCCGGGGUGGGCUUGUCCCUCAUCCUGGGCUUCAGCGUGGCGUACGCCUGCUACUACCUGAGCAGCAUCGCCAAGAAACCCCAGUUAGUGACCGGAGGGGAGAGUUUCAGCCGCUUCCUCCAGGAUCACUGUCCCGUGGUGACAGAAACCUAUUACCCCACUGUGUGGUGCUGGGAGAGCCGGGGACAGACGCUGCUCAGACCCUUCAUCACGUCCAAGCCCCCCGUGCGGUACAGAAACGAACUUAUUAAAACUGCCGACGGAGGACAGAUUUCACUGGACUGGUUUGACAAUGACAACAGCACAUGUUAUAUGGAAGCCAGCACCAGACCCACUAUCUUGUUGUUACCUGGCCUCACGGGGACGAGCAAGGAAUCAUACAUCCUUCACAUGAUCCAGCUCAGUGAAGAAUUAGGAUACAGGUGUGUGGUUUUUAAUAACAGAGGAGUGGCAGGAGAAAAUCUCUUGACGCCAAGGACUUACUGUUGUGCCAACACUGAAGACUUGGAGACGGUCAUUAAGCACGUCCACGACCUGUACCCUUGUGCCCCUUUUCUGGCAGCAGGAGUUUCCAUGGGAGGAAUGCUGCUUCUAAAUUACUUGGGCAAAACUGGACCCAAAACGCCUCUGAUGGCAGCCGCAACUUUUUCAGUGGGCUGGAAUACGUUUGCUUGCUCAGAGUCCUUGGAAAAGCCACUUAACUGGCUGCUUUUUAAUUACUACCUGACGACUUGCCUCCAGUCUUCAGUGAAUAAGCACCGACACAUGUUUGUAAAGCAAGUUGAUAUGGACCACGUCAUGAAGGCUAAAUCUAUCAGAGAGUUUGACAAGCGAUUCACUUCUGUCAUGUUUGGAUACCGAACAAUUGAUGAUUACUACACAGAUGCCAGUCCACACCGCCGGCUGAACUCCGUAAGGAUUCCAGUGUUGUGCCUGAACUCUGUUGAUGACGUGUUCUCACCCAGCCACGCUAUCCCAAUAGAAACUGCUAAGAAGAACCCUAACGUCGCUCUGGUCCUUACUUCUUAUGGAGGCCAUAUUGGUUUUCUGGAAGGAAUCUGGCCUAGGCAGUGCACAUAUAUGGAUCGUGUCUUCAAGCAGUUUGUGCAGGCCAUGGUGGAGCAUGGCCACGAACUGUCUACCAUGUAGUUCUCAGGGUGUGUUACGUGUGAACCACCGUGGUAAAGGCAUCUCAGCUUAGUGCACGGAUUUUAACCACUGUAUAUAAUAAAGCAGAUAAGCCAGCAGAUGGGUCAAGAGGUCCAGAAUGACACGCAAAAAUGACUUUUGGUGUGUGGGGGAGGGGAACAAACAACUUUGUAGCAAGAAAUGAAAUAUAGUUUAGAUUGUUACUUACGUAGAUUUUAUUUUUACUACGCCUUACCAAGUAUGACCUUAAAUAAAGUAGUCCUUACACACACGAAUUGCACUUAACCAAAACUGUUGUGGAAAGAUUUUAAUUCCUCAGGGUUUUAAUUUAGGCUCGUAUUUUGUAGACCACUCAGUUUAGGUGAUUUCAUAGUACUUUGAUAACUGUUAAGGUAUUUUGAGUCUUCGAAUGUAAGUUAUGAGAUGGCACAUUCCUAAGAGUAUUUAUACUUUAACGGUACGUGAAACUGAAGAAAGAUAAAUUAUAAUGUGCUAGAUAUUUUCUGUGUGCUGACUUUAAGAGGCAAGUGCAACAAUGUGAGAAUGCCUUCUGUACAUGCUCUUUUACUCUGAUUAUAUUAAAUUAGGGCUGAUUUAUGUUUUAUAAUUAUUAUAAUGUAAUGCUUAUUUUUAAAAUAGUAUGUGUGCAUACAUAUAUAUCACUAUAUUAAAAUAAAUUAUAUCAUUUUAAAUUG